CAGCAGCAGCAGCAGGAGUAGUGGCGGUAUAAACAUUGCGAACCGCGCAUCCCUCCGCAAACAGCGGAUUACUCCGUACAAUCCCGGAGCCGAACCCCUCUGCGGAUAUCUACGCUUCAUCACUGCUAAGGUGAUGAGUGGGAUUAUACCAUGUCUGAAGUACAGGGAACACUGGAGUUUUCUGUAGAGUUGCAUAAGUUUCACAAUGUGGAUCUCUUUCAAAGGGGGUUCUACCAGGUACGAGCAGGGCUAAAGGUCUCGCCUCGAGUGCCCCACAGGUUGAUAGCGACAACACAAGACAAUACAGGAGAAUGCAGCUUCAGCUCUGCAGGGGUUUACGACGGCGCCGUGUUCAGCCGGAUAUUUCAGAUCCUCUACAGAAAUGAGGAGAUUACGGUGAAUGACUGUAUGAUCUUCAAAGUCCACCUGCUAUUGGACGGAGAAAGGGUGGAGGAAGCCUUGAGUGAGGUGGACUUUCAGUUGAAGCUGGAUCUUCAUUUCACCGACAAUGAGCAACAGCUGGCAGAGAUAGCGACUGUCCCGUUGAUCAGCAGCCGGACCCUCAGCCUCCACUUCCACCCGCGGAGAGGCCUCCACCACCACGUCCCUGUCAUGUUCGACUACUUCCACCUGUCCGUCAUUUCUGUCUCCAUACAUGCUUCACUGGUUGCCUUACAUCAGCCACUAAUCAGCUUUGCACGUACGGGGAAGGGCUCCUGGCUGGGGAAGGGCUCGCCAGACAGCCCGAGCGACCCAUCUGCCAUGUCUGUAGAGAACCUUGUGUUCGGAGCUGGCUACUGCAAACCUGUCAUCUCUGAGGGGAGCUUUUAUGUGGCCAGUGAAAACUGCCUGCAGAGAGCUCAUACGUGGCACCGGAGGCUCUGUCGCCUCCUGCUGGUCGCACACAGGGGCCUGCACACCUACCACGCUGCACUCAUGAAGGAGAUCCCACAGCUCCAGCAGACUCCACUAGACUCAGAGGUGCUGCCUGUAGAAGAAACUCUAAAUCAGCUUACAAUAGAGUUACAGCUGCAGGAAGGCCAUGAGAGGGUAGCGGAACAGAUCAGCAGGGAUGUGAGCCAGCUCUGCUCCCAGCUGGCUGCUCUGUGGAGCUGCUUCCUGGAGGCCGCUGUGCUCAACCCACACAUCCUCUCUUAUCUGGCUCAGGAGCACCACACGCUCAGGGUCAGGAGGUUCUCAGAGGCAUACUUCUUCACCGAACACCCCAAAGAGAUAUCUCUGACUUUUGAAGAAGAACUAAUCAACAGACAUGGCCAGAUAGCUGCAGAAGUGCGAAGCUCAGACUACCUGACCAAGAUGCCUCCUUUACCUGUUGAGUGCCUAGACAUCGAUGGAGACUGGAACAGCCUUCCCAUCAUCUUCGAGGACAGAUAUGUGGAGUCUCCUCAAACAGAGUCGGUAUCACAUGUGCCAACCACUGAUGGGCAGACCAACUCACGUCCCGCCAUAACUCAUGCCGAGAUUUUUGAAAACGGCCCGGGAGCCAGAUCACCAGCAAUACCCCAGGAUCCCUUGGACAGUGAUGACUGCAUGGACCUGCCCACAUAUGUCUCACUCAUGGCAGAGCAGAGUAAGACCAGUACCAACAUCAGAAGUACCCAGAACCUCAUCCCUACCGCGGACAGUACUGAACCCUCUCUAGCAGAGGAAGAACACUUAAAGGAACCAGACGAAGAACAAGGCCGGGUGGAGGAAAGUUGUAAUCCAGGCCCAAUGUACAUCGCAGUUAAGCCUUGUGACGUGGAUCCACAUAGAGAAGAAGCAGUCCAGCUUCUCUCCACCAACCACAAUCCCCUCACAGUCUCCAAUAAGAGCUGUGAUGAGUGUCCUGCUCAUCAAAUAACAGAAAAUACAGUCCCACUUUGCGAUGCCACAAAUGACAGCAACGCAAGAGAGAGUGAAAACAAUGAAGAGGAGUCUGAUAUUGCCAUGCCAUUAAACCACUCCAUGGAUGAAGAGAGUGAGGAUCUUCCCCUCACCAGCCUACCCGCUGCCUAUGGGAAUCCAAUCAUGCCUCCCUUUCCCGGUGAUCACAGAAAAGAGAUGACUCAGCGUGGAGGUCUGGUCGGCUCCAAGAUCAUGAAGCGCUCUUCCUCAGUUAUUUCCGACUCAGGUAUCGAGAGCGAGCCCAGCUCGGUGGCCUGGCCCCUGGAGGCCGCACUGCGAGGCCGACCUCCAUUAGACUUCUCUAGUGAACGGGAGAUCCCACAGCAAAUAGUGCGUCGCCACCCGGCCCAUCGGAGUUCCCUGGAAGGCCUGCAAAUGGAAAGCAACGGCAGUGGAGGUAUACAGGCCUCCCUCACCUCUAUUAGCUCGCUGCCCUACGAGGAGGACCAGCAGCAGAGGCAGCUCAGCAAACUGACCAAGUCGGUCUCUGCACCGCAGAUAAACAGCCCUGAAGACACUGAGGAGGACCAUGUGCUGCUCAACCAGGAAACGGAUAAUCAUAGCUUAGUGCAACAACAGGAUUCAUUGAAGAUCAACUGCUCUUCUUUGAACAGCAACCUGGAUUUGGAGCAAUCUGAAUCAUCUCUAUUAGACCCGAGUUCAAUGGAAAAUCUUGGCAAUAUCCUCAAGGAGAAUAUUAACUCUGAAAAGUCAAACCCUCCACAGUACCUGUCAGAGACAUACAGCACCAAGUCGGUGUUAAGUGGUGUGUCUGAUGUGCUGCUUUUACAAGUGUCUGUAGAGAGCCCUCAUGUGAAGGAAAGCGCCGUUAUUGGCAGCCAAGGGGAGAAUAUGAACCAUCAAACACACAUCAGUGGAGUAAGCGCCUCAGUGGAGGAUGUGCAUCUCGUUGAAACGGAAGCAGUGCCCUGCAGCUGUGGAAACAAACCAUGUGUGCAUAAAAGUCCAGCAGCUCACGAGAGAAUUAACACUGGAGACGAGUGCCUGCGUUUCCAUCAGACCGAACUGCUUAGAGUUAGGGACCAGGAGUGUCUGGAUCCCUCUCAAACACCUCGAGGGUUUCAACACACCAACGGCCUCCCCAGCAGUACCACCAAACAGAGGCCGAGUGACCUUACAGGGCUGAUAGCCAAUGAUAUUGCAUCACCUGUUGACCUCAUUGGGAUAUUAGCCAGUGAGAAGGAGCCUUUAGACUGCCAGACCAAGCCCUCUAAGAUCCCAAACUCCGGGCUGGCCUUCAUGAAUAAGAAGAUGGUGGAGGUGGUGAACAUGUCAGUGUCCUGUGCCCCGACCUGCCUGCCAUUUUCUUCUGCUCUGAGAGACUCUCCGUCCGUCAGUGGAAUGUCCCCUCGCCAAACUACCUCACCUAUCACCCAUCAGCCCCUGGGCUCCUUUGGUAUAAUAUCCUCGUCUUCGCUCAAUCCCCUGAACAUGGACGACGAGACCAAUGAACGAAUGCUAAAUUUCUACAAAGCCAAAGAGGACCUGCUCAAAGAGUUGAGCUUUGAGGCCAGCUUGUACAGCGACCUUCCUCUCCUGGCAUCAGAUCUGCCCUACUUCCCGCCUGAGGAGGAUGAUGAAGAGUUUGACGAUGGCAUACACCUUGUGGUUUGUGUCCACGGGCUUGAUGGAAACAGUGCAGACCUUCGUCUGGUGAAGACUUUCAUUGAGUUAGGACUGCCAGGGUCCAGGCUCGACUUCCUCAUGUCUGAAAGGAACCAGACCGACACGUUUGCAGAUUUCGACACCAUGACAGACAGGCUGCUGGACGAGAUCAUUCAGCAUAUCCAGCUCUACAAUCUCACCGUAGGCAGGAUAAGCUUCAUCGGCCACUCUCUGGGGAACGUCAUCAUUCGCUCUGUGCUGACGAGGCCUCGCUUCCGCUGCUAUUUGCCCAAACUGCACACUUUCCUCUCACUGUCAGGCCCCCACUUGGGAACGCUGUACAACAACAGCACAUUGGUCAGCACAGGCCUGUGGUUAAUGCAGAAGUUAAAAAAAUCUGGAUCCUUGCUGCAGCUCACCUUCAGAGAUCACGUUGAUCCACGGAAAACAUUCCUCUAUCUCCUGAGUCAGAAGCCAGGGCUCCAGUUCUUCAAGAACGUGGUGUUGGUGGCGUCUCCGCAGGACCGUUACGUUCCUUUCCACUCUGCCAGAAUAGAGAUGUGCAAAACUGCUCUUAAAGACAGGACCACAGGGCCCGUGUACACUGAGAUGAUUAACAACCUCCUGCAGCCACUUGUGGAAGCUAAAGAGUGCCGGCUCAUCCGCCAGAAUGUGUUUCACGCUCUGCCCAACACAGCCAACACCCUGAUCGGCCGCGCCGCCCACAUUGCUGUCUUGGACUCUGAGCUUUUCCUGGAGAAGUUCUUCUUAGUGGCAGGGCUCAACUACUUCAAGUAAAAGGUGCUAGUACCGCAGGCUUACAGGACAGAAGCUGUUGGUGGUGGUGUUGCUGAUGGAGCGGAUUUGGAGAAUAAGGUCUUCAUCUUCACUUUGUACAGUAUAUUCAGUGUAUAUAUUCCCUGGUAUCAAACAGGCAAGGGCGUGUAUAUCUCAUUUGUUAGGAUUGUUAGCAGCUGUUAUUAAAGGAUCCAUGUAUUGUGACUGUUUCAAAAUGCUAACUCAGAAGUCUGAGUUUGACGUGUAGCCAUGCAAAAGAAAACAUCUGUCAUCCAUCACAGGAUUGAUUGGAGAUGUUUUAUGGCCUUAAUAAUAACCAUAGCCAGCCAGAACACUAACAGAUGCUAAUUGUGGUCAAAAGCAUUUAACUACUUUCCCUUUAGAGUUGGUUGAAAGCCUUCAGUA